AGGCCCACGCCGCCGCAGAUGGCGGAAGUGCCUCGGCAGGCAGGCGAAGGGCUAGCGGGGAGCGGCAGCCGAGCGUGGUGGGAGGCGGCUGUCUGUCAUGGCGGGCCGUGGCUCCGCGUCCUCGGAGCACCUAGAGCGGCUGCACGAGAUCUUCCGGGGGUUGCACGGAGACCUGCGGGGCGUCCCCGAGCGGCUGCGGGGCAGCGCGGCCGAGGAGAAGAAAAAAUUAGUUCGAGAAUUCGAUGAGAAGCAACGGGAAGCAAAUGAGACGCUGCGGGAAAUGGAGGAAGAACUGAAGUACGCUCCUCUGCCUUUCCGCAACCAAAUGAUGAGCAAAAUCCGGGCAUACAGAAGAGACCUCUCCAUGUUCCAGAGAGAGAUGCGAAGCACGGAUUUGGGACUGGGGCCUGGAAGUCAAAGUGAUAUAAAAUACGGAAUUUUCUCCACAGAAAAUGAACAGAGUACUAAUCUGCAGUCUCAGAGGGUGCUGCUUCUCCAGGGAACAGACAGCCUGAACCGAGCCAGUCAGAGCAUCGAACGCUCCCACCGGAUUGCUGCAGAAACAGAUCAGAUUGGCACCGAUAUCAUUGAAGAGCUUGGGGAGCAGCGGGAGCAGCUGGAACGCACCAGGAGCAGGUUGGUGAACACAAGUGAGAACUUGAGCAAGAGUCGCAAGAUCCUACGUUCUAUGUCCAGGAGGAUUACCACUAAUAAGUUGUUGCUGUCUAUCAUCAUCAUCCUGGAACUAGCCAUCCUAGGAGGUGUGGUCUACUACAAGUUCUUUCGCAGCAAAUGAAUCUUUGUGACCGAGAUGAACUUUUCUAAUGCUGAGGAAGCAGAGCAGGCUGUCUGUUCCCUCUGACUGAGGAUUGAACUGUCUCAG